CCACAAAGUUUCAAGCUUUCGUUAUCGACUGACGACCAUCUCUAUUAAAAGUAGCCAUAACCUUGUUUAUUUUGUAUUGUUUCUCUGAUAAAAGCAAGAAUCCUACAAAAGGAUGACCAACAACAAUGCGGCGGCGGAGACAGCCGGCUCCAGUCGGGCAAGCGGGAGCAAACAGCAGCCAAAGCUGGAAAUUACCGAGAAAGUGCGAGUCCUGUGCCUACACGGUUACCGCCAGAAUGGAGAAGCCUUCAAAAACAAGCUGGGAUCCUUCCGAAAGUUUGCCAACAAGUAUGCGGAGUUCGUGUUCAUCACAGCGCCGCACGUGGCCAAAGCACUGGAGUCGGCGGCGGAGCCUGUGCCGGAGCAUGGGAGUUGGUGGGCCAACAAGGACGAUGGAUCCUUCAAGGGAACUAACAAAGGUGGUCCCGCCUUCGGCUUUCAGGAGAGCCUGCGCUGCGUGGAGGAGGCGUGGCGGACGCAGGGUCCCUUUCAGGGACUUCUGGGCUUCUCACAGGGCGCCUGUUUCGUGGGCCUUAUAUGCGGUUUGGCCAAAAAGAAGUUGACCUCUAUUCGGCCGGAGUUUGCUGUGCUAGCCUCGGGCUUCUUGUCUGGCAGUCUGGUACACAUGAGCGCCUACGAAGAGGCCAUCAGCAUACCUACGCUUCACAUUUACGGACAGACGGAUGAGAUAAUUCCCAAGGAGAUGAGCGAGUCCCUGGCUGCGCACUUCAAGAACGCGGAAGUGCUGGAGCACAGCGGUGGACACUACUUCCCGGCCACGGCGCUGCAAAAGCAAACAUUUAUCAAUUUCUUCCAGGAUCGGCUGCAGGAGUACCUGGAGCACCAGGAAUUGCAACAAAGCGGAAAUGCCUCCUUUGUGGACAGUGGAGCGGAGGACGACAACGAUGCCGAGGUGGCUGCCAUGACGGCUGACCUGGACGAGAGUGAUUAGCAGAGGGACGGGGGUUUUUUCGUUCGUUUUUAAUAAUAAUUAAAUCUUAUUAUUACAAAAAUAAUGAUUUGAUUAUAAAUUAUAAUAUAAUUAGAUCCCAAUAUUAGUUAAAUAUUCACUCUGC